CUUGUGAGUUCCACUUCGAGAUGAUGAGUGCCCGUGGAUGAGAAGACGCCCCCCCCCCCAUAAGGCUCGCCGCUUCGUGCUGCUCACACCCCCGUCUCGCUGAGUGACAACACCACGUCCAUUAGCCGAGUCGAUUGAAUGAGCUAGACGCACGUUCUUAGCCAAUUAUCUUCUUCGGGCGAUCGAUCAGACGACCAUCGGAAUGGACAACAGAGGGGCGAAUGUGUACACGGUGGAGACGCAUGGCACGCAGGACUAUGUGCCCGCCGUGUUGGACGUGGACAGGAUGGACAAGAAGGGCGACAAUCCUGGUGCCACCUGCAAGAAGCGCAAGGGGCUUAGGGCCAAGUGGGUGGGGCGGCAGCAGGCGAAGGAUGACAAGAUGGAUGGACUCAAGCAAGAGCUGGACAUGGAUGAUCAUAAGCUGACUCAAGGAGAACUGGAAAAGAAACAUCAGACUGACCUGAAAAAGGGUCUGGCGGUGGCCGUCGCUGCCGAGCGUCUGGAGCGCGACGGCCCCAACUCGCUGACGCCACCGAAGGGGACCCCCGAGUGGCUCAAGUUCAUGCGGCAGAUGAUGGGCGGUUUCUCGCUGCUGCUGUGGGCCGGCGCCAUCCUCUGCUGGAUCGCGUACGGCAUCCAGUACUCGCAGGACAUCAACAUCCCACGCGACAACCUCUACCUUGGUGUGGUACUUGCUGCCGUGGUCAUCCUGACCGGCUGCUUCGCCUACUACCAGGAGGCCAAGAGCACCAACAUCAUGGACUCCUUCGCAAACAUGGUUCCCCAGCAAGCCCAGGUGAUCCGGGGGGGAGAGAAGAUGCAGAUCGUGGCCACGGGACUUGUGCUCGGUGACCUCGUGGAAGUGAAGGGUGGCGAUCGCAUCCCCGCGGACCUUCGCAUCAUCUUCGCACAGGGCUGCAAGGUGGACAACUCUUCCCUCACAGGGGAGUCGGAGCCUCAGCCACGAAUGUGCGACUGCUCCCACGAGAAUCCUCUGGAGACCAAGAACCUGGCAUUCUUCUCCACCACCUGCCUGGAGGGCACGGCAUUGGGAAUUGUGGUGAGCACGGGCGACAACACGGUGAUCGGCCGCAUCGCGUCGCUCGCCUCGAGCCUGGAGAAUGGCAAGACGCCGAUCGCCCAGGAGAUUGAGCACUUUGUGCACAUCGUGGCGGGCGUCGCCAUCUCAAUCGGCAUUCUCUUCUUUAUCAUCGCCAUGUCGCUCGGCUACAACUGGCUCAACUCCAUAAUCUUCCUUAUCGGCAUCAUCGUGGCCAACGUGCCUGAGGGGCUGCUCGCCACUGUCACCGUGACGCUGUCCCUGACGGCCAAGCGCAUGGCCAAGAAGAACUGCCUCGUGAAGAACCUGGAGGCGGUGGAGACACUGGGCUCCACCUCCAUCAUCUGCUCUGACAAGACGGGCACGCUCACGCAAAAUCGCAUGACAGUGGCGCACAUGUGGUUCGACGGGCAGAUCCACACGGCUGACACCACUGAGGACCAGACAGGUCAGCCGUUUGACAUCUCCUCGUCGACCUGGAUGUCUCUGUCGCGUGUGGCGGCACUCUGCAAUCGCGCCGAGUUCCGGCAGAACCAGGAGGAUCUACCCAUCUCCAGGCGCGACGUCAGUGGAGAUGCGUCCGAGACGGCUCUGCUCAAGUUCACGGAGCAGCUCCUCGGCUCCAUCGCCAACAUGAGGGAGCGGAACAACAAGGUCGCAGAGAUCCCCUUCAACAGCACCAACAAGUACCAGCUGUCGAUUCACGAGGAGGAGGGUUCCACGGGCCACCUGCUCGUCAUGAAGGGGGCUCCGGAGCGAGUGUUGGACUGCUGCACCACCAUCAUGCUGGGAGGCGUUGAGGUGCCACUGGACGAGGAGAAGCGCGCCGACUUCACAGAGGCCUACACCGCCCUGGGGGGGCUCGGCGAGCGUGUGCUUGGCUUCUGCCACCUGCAGCUGCCCUUGGACGAGUUUCCUCGCGGCUUCACCUUCGACACGGACUCGCGGAACUUCCCUGUGCAGGGCCUCUGCUUUGUGGGGCUCAUAUCUAUGAUUGACCCCCCACGCUCCACCGUGCCGGACGCCGUGUGCAAGUGUCGCUCGGCCGGCAUCAAGGUGAUCAUGGUGACGGGCGAUCAUCCCAUCACGGCGAAGGCGAUCGCGCGUAGCGUCGGCAUCAUCUCUGCCGGCAGUGAGACAGUCGACGACAUUGCCAUCCGCCUCAACAUCCCCCUCGACCAGGUCAACCCACGGGACGCGAAGGCUGCGGUGGUGAAUGGCGGGGAGCUGAAGGACAUGGGCAGUGACGAAAUCGACUGCAUCCUGGCCAACCACACGGAGAUCGUGUUCGCUCGCACGUCACCCCAGCAGAAGCUCAUCAUCGUGGAGGGCUGCCAGAGACAGGGCGCCAUCGUGGCAGUGACGGGAGAUGGCGUGAACGACUCUCCAGCACUCAAGAAGGCCGACAUCGGCAUCGCCAUGGGCAUCUCCGGAUCGGACGCCUCCAAGCAGGCAGCCGACAUGAUCCUGCUGGAUGACAACUUCGCAUCCAUUGUCACUGGUGUUGAGGAGGGUCGGCUCAUCUUUGACAAUCUAAAGAAGUCCAUCGCUUAUACCCUCACCAAGAACAUCGCUGAGCUGUGCCCAUUCCUGAUCUACAUCAUCGCCUCCAUCCCGCUGCCCAUUGGCACCAUCACCAUCCUCUUCAUCGAUCUGGGAACGGAUAUCAUCCCGUCUAUCGCUCUGGCCUAUGAGAAAUCCGAGAGCGACAUCAUGAACCGGCGACCGCGCAAUGCUCGCACCGACCACCUGGUGAACUCGAAACUCGCCACCUACUCCUACCUGCAGAUCGGUGUGACGCAGGCGGUGGGGGCAUUCCUCGGCUACUUCACGGUGAUGGCCGAGGAAGGCUGGCUUCCGACCACAUGCAUCGGCUUGCGCCAGCACUGGGAGCAGGUGGAUGAGCAGGAGUUGGAGGACUCGUAUGGACAAGAGUGGACCUUCGUGCAGCGGCAGAAACAGGAGUUCGUGUGCUACACGGCCUUCUUCAUCGCCAUCGUCAUCCAGCAACUCGCCGACCUCGUCAUCCGCAAAACUCGCCGGAACUCACUCUUCACACAGGGCCUUUUUAGGAACAAGGUAGUGUUGCUGGGGAUGCUCUCUCAGCUGGUGAUCGCUGCCUUCCUGUCCUACUGCCCGGGCAUGGAUGAGGGCCUGCACUUCAUGCCACUCCGAGUGGGCUGGUGGUUUGUGGCGAUAUCAUACGCCAUCUUCAUCUGGUUGUACGACGAGAUGCGCAAAUUCUUCAUCCGGAGAUAUCCCGAGUCUUGGUGGGCGCAGAACAUGUACUACUGAAACCAGGGCACGUGACACGUGCCAUCACGAGGACACAGAGACAAGAGUACUCUGCAGACACAGGCGCAAAGACACAUACGCAUACAUAGCCAUAUAUGUGAAUGGGUGCAUUGGGUUUAUUGCUGUACCUGUGGCAGCAUGAAGCCCGCACCUCUGUGAUCAUGGGUCCAUUCUGUCUAAAUUAAACCACAUUCUCAAGCAGAGAAAAGGUUUGAUGCGUUCAGCUCGGUCACCAACAAUUGGACAAAAUCCCAUCUGGUUUUCCGCUCGUUUUUUUUAACAUUCACCCCAGCUCAUCAAUGCUGGGAAAGUUACAUUUGUACAGAUAGGUUCAUUAGGAGUAACACAUGAUGAUGGGCAUACCUCUCUCCAUGUAGCCUGCAUGGAUAUCUUGCCGUUGUGAUGAGAGGCUCAUUGAGGUAUUCCAAAGUGAAUUACGUGAAUGCUCCUUUCCCCUUGGGGUGGGGAACACAUAGCACCCGAGGCUGUGUGCAACCUGCGACAUCACUUCAUAAGGCCUACGGUCACGUGAAGCCAACCACUUACAAACAGGCUGCAAAUUAUGUUUUCCAUCACUGCGAGCGUCUUUUAGCCUCAUUGAUCGGGUACUAGAGGGGAAUAUUUUUCAAUUGGUGACACUGCUUUUCUAAUUUUAGCACUCUCAAACACUUAUGUCACUGCAUACGCCUCUUGCAGUGACAGGUGACUGAGGCGGUAGCUUUAAUGUGUGGCUGUCCUACCUAAGGUAUUUUAAAAGUUCUAUUCGGUCCUCAUUCAAGAUAAGGCUCCCCCCACCCCUGCUGUACUCGAAAAGGUCCAUCUGGAAGUAUAUGCAUCGGGUGACAGAGAUCCUCUCUAAAACAUGCACGGACACAUAUCGGGCGCAGAGACAUGCACAUAUGCAGAUUAAUAUAUAUAACCUUAUAGCUGUAGAAACUAAUGCCAUUUAUAUAUGUUAGAACACUAUAUGAUAUAAUAAAAAAAAUAAAAAUUCCUUCCAUGUAAUUAAAAUAUAUUUCAUGAAAAAAUGUAAAUCUGGUGGUGUGAAACAUUUCACUGUAUAGGUAGCUGGGACUAGAUAGCGGUGUAGGCCGUGUCGCCAUUCAGCUCUGGCACUUUACAUGCGCACUGCUCACGCAAGGCCCGCAUGAACGUUUUCCAGCGACGGAAAUCAGAAUCCAGCAGAGUUGGUGGCUCACUUGUACGACACUCACCUGCAGGGCUAUAAGGUGUCCAAGUAUAUGGCAGAGUAGCAAGUAAGAUGUUGACCUAGUUUUUGAUUUGUUUUUUAGGUUUCCUCCCACACAUGUCAAUACUUGAUCAGGAAUUGGCCAAACCUCUUAAAAAGUGAGACUCAAAGGGACUUAAUUAGUAAAUAAAUACGUUGUUAUUUUGACGUGCAUUCGGUUUUGGACAAGUCUUAAUCCAUGCAAAGAACGAUAUAGACGAUUAAACGAUGAUUUUGGGUCAAGGCAAAUCUUUUCUAUGAGUGUGCUUUAAUGCACCUAAUACCCUAUCUUGAGACCUGAAUUAAGUCGUUUCUUAAAAGCUUGUACGGUAUAACCAACUUGGUAAUGAAUAAAGUGUCAGAAGUUUCAAGGACAAUUGUGAUCUACUCAGAAAUAAAUAAAACAAAUUAGUACGUUCCACAAUAAAAUACUACUACGAUUCUGUUACGAAUAAGAGGUACUACCGUUCCACGAUAAAAUGUAAGACAAUGCAUCACUAAAAUAGAACGGUGACGCUAAUCUUUGAAAUCGACUCACCGAGACAAGAAUUGUUGUGCAUUGAACAGCAAAAAACUGAUGUUCUGUGUGCGGCAUGGCACAUGGACAUUGGUAAACGAUGUUACAAAUAAUGGGAGUGUGCUGCAAUAGAACUAGUUGAUGCCUUAGCAUUCAAGAAGAGCCGACACACCUGUAACGUCCAAGUAUCACCCGCUGCUAAUUAAACGCGGUGGUCGUCUA